AUGGAAGAUCUGUUUGACACAAUAACACUAAUCGUUAAAGAACUGCUUCCAGAGGAAGUAGCAAGAAGAUUUGGGGUUUUGGAGGAUGAUGAGCUUGACAAGGAUGGGAUAUUUAGACGAUUAACCAAAUAUCGAAAUCGUAAAGAUGUUAAACAAAUACUAACACAGGUCUAUAGUAGAGCCGUUGGGCCUGAAGUUGAUAGUCUGAAACACUACAAAGUUGGUAAUGUAGUUUUACAAGUUGCAGCUCAAACAGGCUGUACAUCAAUCGGAAUAGAAACAGCAGAUAAUCCAAGUGCACUUUCAAUGAAACAUUUAGCUGAAUUUAAAGCUCGUGCAAAUUAUUAUGGAUUAGAAUAUGGAGAUAUUGUUAUUAGAAAAGGGGACUUUUUAAAUGACAUGGACACCUUAAAAGAUAUAGAACAAGCAGACGUACUAUUAGCAAACAAUUUUAUGUUUAAAGCUGGUGGCAGUGACAGUGGUAAUGAAUUUGAAAAAAUUGGGAUUACACUUGAAAAAUAA